AUUUUUUUUAUAAAAUUAAAUAUAAUAUAUUAUCUUCCCCUCGCCUCUCCUUCCCUCAAUGCAAACACACAGUUACAUUUCUCUUUGACAGUAACCCGGACCCAAUCAGUAACCAGAGGGAGAGAGAGCGACUCAUGGGCUUGUGUUCUAGUCAAACGAGUUACUUGCAGAGUAUGUUGUGAGGCAAGAUCCUUUGGAAUCGACUGAGAAACUUCUGUAGUAGCACACAUCAUACUUCAGCCAAAAUGCAGCAGUCUGUUCCUAAGGCAAGUGGAUCAGCAUUGACUGAGCUACUAAAGGAAGAGAAAUGGGCAGCCAAAGAGAUCCAUUUAACGGAUGAUAAACAUAAAGUGUCUGACCUACCAAAAUCUCCAAACUGCUCUUCAUUGAUUGCGUUGUAUUUGCAAGGGAAUUAUGAGCUGACGGCUAUUCCUCCCCUAUUCUUUCAGCGCAUGGCCCUUCUCCAAGUAUUAGAUUUGUCCCAUACUAGCAUCAAAUCUUUGCCAAAAUCUCUUCCCAAGUUGGUUUCACUAAAAAAACUCUUGUUACGAAAUUGUGAACUCUUCAUGGAACUGUCACCUCAGGUUGGUAAACUCAAAAAUCUCGAGGAUCUUGAUCUUGAUGAAACAGAGAUCAUGGAUCUGCCAAGUCAGAUUGGAAAGCUAGUCAAGUUAAGAAAUUUGAGAGUAUCAUUUUAUCAUAUCUGUGGCAAAAAGAAGUCGAAAUCAAACAUUCUGAUUCACCCUGAGACAAUAUCAAUUCUCUCGCAACUUGCUAAAUUAAGCAUUGAUGUGAAUCCGGCAGACAAGAGAUGGGAUGAUUCUGUGGAAGCCGUUGUGAAGGAAGUAUGCAACUCAAAAACAUUGAAGACUCUUAGCUUGCACCUGCCAAAAUUCCAACUUUUAGAUAAUAUAUCAUUGAUAUAUCCUUCAUUGUCACACUUUAGAUUUACAGUUGGCCAUCAUAAAAGGAGAAUCAUAUCUCGUGUACCUCAUGAAGUUGAAGCAGAAUACAGAAGUUGGGAUAAGUGCUUGAAGUUUGUGAAUGGUGAAAACAUCCCAAUUGAAAUAAAAGGGAUACUUAAAUAUUCUUCGUCAUUUUUCUUGGACCACCAUGAAACUGCUAUGAAUCUAUCUGAAUUUGGGAUCAAGAAUAUGAAGAGGCUAAAAUUUUGCUUGUUGACAGAGUGUAAUAAGAUGGAAACGCUAAUUGAUGGAGAGAUGCAUGAUGAAAGAAAUGAAGAUGAUCAAUCUGAAUCUGACCCUGAUUCAAUAGAACAUGUCCUUGAAUCUCUAGAAUGUUUGAGCAUUUAUUACAUGGAGAAUUUAUGGAGUAUUUGGAGAGGACCAAAUCAUUAUGGAUGUAUGUCUAAUUUGAAAUUCCUAGCUCUGCAUGCAUGCCCCCAGCUGAGAAAUAUUUUCUCCCUUACUUUGCUUGAAAAUUUUGUCAAAUUGGAGGAGAUUAUUGUUGAGGACUGCCCCCAAGUCACCAGCCUGGUAAGCCGUCCAUCUGUCAAGCCAAUGAUGUCAGAUAAAUUUCUCCCUAGUUUGAAAAGAUUGCUGCUUCUCUACCUUCCUGGACUGGUCAGCAUUUCUAAUGGUCUAUUAAUAGCACCAAAAUUAGAAAGCAUAGGCUUUUAUAAUUGCCCGAAGCUUAAAAGCAUAUCAAAAAUGGAAUUGUCAAGCAAAACUUUGAUGAUAAUCAAAGGAGAAUGUCAGUGGUGGGAAGAUUUGAAAUGGAAUGAAAGAGAGUGGGGAAAUCGGCCAGAUUAUCUGAUGCGUAUCUUUUCCCCUAUCAGUAAUGAGAAAGAUGUUAUGACCCAAUUGACAGAAGACAGGGAUCUACUUGAAGCUACUAAACAAAAUGAAGUUCAACAACAAGAUGAUGAAAAGUUGCUCAAAGUUUCAACAGAAGAUCAUAAAGGCCAGUGCUCAGAUUAUAAGGAGGAGAGAAUAAGGGGGACAGACGAGACAAAGUCUCCUUCUUUAUGCAUACUUCCAUCCAAUUCAUGGACGGGAACAGACUUGACGACAAAGUCUCCUUCGUCAUGCAUACUUCCAUCCAAUACUUUGAGGACAUUUGAUGCACCAAAACAAGCAUUGAGCCUUUUUUCAUCAGAGAAGAGCAACAGGCUAGAAGAUGAUUACUUUGAUCAGGCUUCAGAAAUUUGUGAAGUAGACGUUGAUGAAGAUGAACCUAAGGCCAAAAGAAGCAACUGUAAUGAGAAUGAAAACAAGGGUGUCAUAGGUUCUGUGAGCAAAACCACGAGAGCGCAUAGAGUUGCAGUUCGAACCAGAAGCAACAGUGAGUUACUUGAUGAUGGUUAUAGAUGGAGGAAAUAUGGAACAAAAAAUUUCAAGGGAAAUCCCCAUCCAAGGUGCUACUACAAAUGCUCGACAAUGGGUUGUUCAGUGAAGAAAAGUGUUGAGCGAGACUACAAAGAUACAGGCAUUUUGAUCACCACCUAUGAAGGGGUACAUAACCAUGGCUGUUAUAACAAGGGAUUCUAUGAUUUGCAGACUCGACUUUGUAAUGAUCAUAGGGCCAAUUACAUGGAAGAUACUGCUGAUUCAGCUAAGACUAUCGGCCCUAGAAAAGGAUAUGAAGAUGUAUUUGAAGCAUCAAUACAAGAUAUAGGUGUACAACCAGGUAUUCCUGAAGCUUUGAUUCGAUAUGAAUCCCAACAAUCAGUCCAAAAGAUCCAAGCUUCGUAUAGGAAGGAACUUUCAAUGCAGAACUGCAAUACCCCUUUUGCAGCAGAGCCACAACCCACAGAACCAGCAUUCAGAAAGUCAGAGUUACUACCUCCUUGUAUUGGAAGUACUCCCUGGAGUGAGGUCUAUGAUUGUCAUUUCAAGGAACAGGAGCUCAAAGAUGACUCCACGAAAAGAAAACCUCCGUCAAGAUGGACGGAACUAAUCCGAGUUAUGCCUGGUACACGCCUGGAGGGACCUCCAGACGAUGGCUUCUGUUGGAGGAAAUAUGGACAAAAGGAAAUUCUCUGCGCAAAUAAUCCAAGAGCCUAUUACAGGUGCAGCCACCGACAUGUACAAGGUUGUCUGGCUACAAAGCAAGUACAGCGAUCAGAUGAUGACCCAACAAUAUUUGAGAUCGCUUACCGCGGAAGGCAUACUUGUACUCUAGGCUCACAUGUAGUGCCUUCUCUAGGACCCUUGAAAAAUCAAGACCAAGGAAACUUUUCUGCUUCGUCCACUACAUCCGGUAUUACAUAUUGCUCCACGAGCCCAACUCCAAGUCCGAGCGGGAUGAACCCCAUCGUGCAGGAAAUACAAGGUUGUCUGGCUACAAAGCAAGUACAGCGAUCAGAUGAUGACCCAACAAUAUUUGAGAUCACUUACCGCGGAAGGCAUACUUGUACUCUAGGCUCACAUGUAGUGCCUUCUCUAGGACCCUUGAAAAAUCAAGACCAAGGAAACUUUUCUGCUUCGUCCACUACAUCCGGUAUUACAUAUUGCUCCACGAGCCCAACUCCAAGUCCAAGCGGAAUGAACCCCAUCGUGCAGGAAAACAUUGACUUUUGAACCUCCGAGCCUAAGGUCAUUUAGUGGCGUUUCACUUGCUAAAAUAUCUGUUUUAGAUUUGGAUAUUUUUUAGUCGGAUUUCUUGAAUUUGACUUAAAUUAAAUUUGACAACUAAUAGAAGUCGGUAAUUCUAAAUUUUAGUGGUCAUUACAUGUUUUGGUAAAAUCAAUGUUAUGGUAAGGAUUGUUUUGAAUUUGAGUUAUAUAUAAUUUUGGAUAU